AUUUAUUUUGUGCAUGCCGUCCCGUUCCCAUCAUCAUAGAGCACAUUAGUUCGUAUUCUAUGAUCGUAGCAGUUGACGUCUUUUCCUGCCUCUGUUGCCGCAGCGCACGUUAGCAUUCUCCAGACGUAGCAGGCGUGCCCUACCGGUUCCCGAGAAGCUCGGAUCGGAUGCCCGUGGUGGAUUGUCCGGGCAAGCCCUCGAUUUCAGUUCCGUGCGCGCACCACCUGGCAUCCGCCCAUCGCGAUGACACGAGCGCGGAAGCAUGUGAAGGCGAGUGCGCUGGGCGAGCCUGUGAGCGUGGGUGAGGGCGAGCAGAUCCUGCGAGUCGUGGCGCCCAGAGGCAGCAACCUCAUCGAGCUGGAGGACGGUAGGGGCACGUCCAUGCUAUGCAUGCUGCCAGCCAAGUUCCACCGCAUGCUGUGGCUCAAGAGAGGCAGUUUUGUGGUGGCAGACGUGAGUGCAGCAGAGGAGGUGGAUAAGGCGGGCGGGAGAGUGAGAGGCAGCAUAACAGCCGUGAUCUUUGACCACCACAUCAAAGAACUUAUAGCCUCUAAUCAGUGGCCUGAGGCAUUCGCAGAAGCAACAGCAAAAGACAGAGCUACCACAGCCACGUCAGCACUGUUGGAGCAAAGCCAACUGCAGGGGCAGCAGGAGCAGCAUCAGCAAGGUGGAGAGCUCGCCUCAACCAGAGGGGAAGGGGAUGUUUUGCCAAGCUCCCAAGGCACUGCAGAGGAGGGAGCAGAGGAGCAGAGGCGAAGUACGGCAAGAGUCGAUGGGCAUGUGAACCAGGAGGGAGAGGUGGAGGAAGAGGAGGGUGAAGAUGAGGAUGAUGGAUUGCCUCCUUUGGAGAGGAAUCCGAACCACCGAUCGAUGUUUGUUGAGGAUGUAUCAGAUGACGAUAGUGAGGACGAGGAGUAAUCCAUGUCCAAACCUUCUAGUCUAGUGUCAUUGUCUUUCCACAUCCCUCUGAAGUUGGAAAAGCGAAAGAGGAACGAUAGUUUCAAAGGGGGCUACGGCAAUCCGAAAACAUGAGCAAUAGAUGGUAUAAGGGUGGAAAUAGGACAGGUCGGGUUUUGCCCCUUCGCAGUCCGUGCUUGUAGGCCUUGCCCUCUGAUCUAGAUUUUUUGUUACCAUAUGAAUGCUAAGGUUG